AAAACCCGUUCGUGGGCGAGCUUGAGUGACCACAGCAGUGCAGUGAUCCAAAGCGGUCCAGACAGGUUGUUCGUCCACAAAUGGGCCAUAGUUAGCCUACAUCUACUGCAAGCCAACCAAUCCUGGUGCAAUCAUCAUCUGCCCGCUCUAAAGGUAACUAUUUUCCAUCUCUGAGCAGUUUUCUACUUAAGGCCGGAGAAAAUGGCAGCAAUUCCAUCAAGUGGCUCUCUCAUCGCCACACAUGACUACUACAGAAGACGUCUCGGGUCCAACUCCAGUAACAGCUCUUGCGGGAGCGCCGAAUACACUGGGGAGGUUAUUCCACACCAUCCAGCACUUCCAAGGCAAGACUCUGGUCACUGGUGGACCUCCUUCUUCUUUGCAAAGCAGAACCAGCUUUUUCUGCAAAAUGGAUCUGAAAAUCAGAAGAAUGGAUCCUACAUUGUGACCAAUGGGCAGGUGACCUGCGUCGCCAAGGAAAUGGUUAGGACCAGACAACUCAGCGAAAGCAGCGAAAAUGGAAAACAUGAACCUAUAUCCCCUCCACCAACUUCUUCCUCCUAGUCCUCAGUCCCUUACCAUCGAAAACCCCCGGCACCUUCUCACCAUCCACUUGCCACCCCUCACAUAGUCCAGCAAUGGAGAUGUAAUGAUGGUGGUAGUGGUGAUGGUGUUUUAUUACUUUUAGUAAAAAUGUUCUUUGUCCUUUUUACCUGUAUAUAGUAUGUUCAGAUUACGACCAAAUAUUAUAAAAAACUCGCAUAUGUGAAAAAAUGUUUUAUGUAUUUGUUGUAAUAAACUACAACUGAUAAUUAAAUGCCUCUAGUCACCA